GGGCGAUCUGGCAUCCCUGGAUUCAGCUGUCCAACAAGUGGACAGUCCCAAAAUCGGGGAAACGAAAACAAUCUCGUUUUUAUAUAAGUUUAAUUUUAACAUUUUUAUUUAGCAACAAAUGCCUCGCAAUAUCAAUGCGGAGAGGGAUAAUCCCUGCCUGAAGGAACAGGAGCUUUCAUUCAAAUGUCUCAACAAAAACAACUUUGAUCGCGACAAGUGCGAAAUAUAUUUUGCAAAUUAUAACAAUUGCAAGGAGUUCUGGAACAAAGUAAAAAGCGAAAGGAGAGCGAAGGGAAUUGCUCCAUAUUUGCCGCCAUUGGAAGAGCGCGAUGCGAUCAAAGCUGAAUAUAUGAAAGAAAAACCCCAGCAAAGCUGAUAUAUGUUCCUUCCUAUUUAAUACUUUUUGAAUAUAAAUUAGCUACACAAGCAUUAGAGCUAUUUGUUGUAUAGAGACUACAUGAAGACUA